UGAAGACUAUAUAUAAGGAUGAAUAUUUUACAUUUUACAAAUUCCAUAAUCUAAAGAGGAUUAAAUUGAAAUUAUCUCAAAAUAACACACACUAAACUUUAGGACUAUAUAUAUGUCGGCAUAAUCCCAAUUGGACCCUACUUUAGGGUUUGAAAACACCAAAAAUUGCUCAUAAAAAUGUCAUUCCUCGAAGAUUUUCAAGCCAAUAUUGAAGCCCUUCCAAAUCAUUUGAGGAGGAAGUAUGCUUUGCUGCGUGAUUUGGACAAAAGUCUGCAAGGAGUCCAGACACAAAAUGAACAACGCUGUGAGAAAGAGAUUGAGGAUAUGGUACAGCGUAUCAAGGGUGGUAAUGUGACACCAGACUCUUCACUAAUCAAAUUCUCUGAUGAAGCAUUGGAUGAGCAAAAACAUGCUAUCAGGAUUGCUGAUGAGAAAGUUGCGCUAGCUUCUCAGGCGUAUGAUCUGGUCGAUGCUCAUAUUCAGCAGCUUGAUCAGUACUUGAAAAAGUUUGACGAAGAGCUCCGGUUAGAAAGGGAUAAUGCUGCUGUUGCUGGAGCUCCUACAACCACUGAAAAUACUGUCAAAUCUGGAAGGUCUGGUGAGGGUAAGGGAGGGCGUAAGAAAACACGUCUUGCUACGGCUGCAGCAGCAACACCAAGUGGAAUGGAUUUGGAUCUGCCUGUUGAUCCAAACGAACCAACAUACUGUUUCUGCAAUCAAGUUAGCUACGGUGAAAUGGUUGCUUGCGACAAUCCUAAUUGCAAAAUAGAGUGGUUCCACUACGGCUGUGUUGGCCUCAAAGAACAGCCCAAGGGGAAAUGGUUUUGCGCGGAUUGUGCUGGAACGCAAAAGAAGCGCAGAGGCAAAUGAUAGAACUAGAAGAGAAUAGCCCAAUAUACUGAUUUAGACGUUUUAGCAAUGCAACGAGUUUAUGCAGAUUCUGUGCUUCUUGUUUUUAGAUUUCGUUAUUGUCUGUUGUAUCGUGUACUUUGGUUAUAAAUUAUGUUGUUGUAAUCCUAUUGUUCUGCUACUAUCCAUUGUUUUAUUACUGUC